AUGCAUGUCGACUCACAUGCGGGUCAUUUGGUUGAACCUAUGCAUGUUGGUCACCUUUUGAUUGCAGAUUUUACUCAACAACACACGCCAAAACAGCCUGAUGCUAACUUACGGGCCACUUCAAGUUCCAUUUCAAGGCAAGCUUUGGUCAAGGCCUCCUCAGCAGCACAAUGUGGAGAAGAUGUUCCUCCAAGGCAACAUAUAGGUUCAUUACAUGCCGCAAUGUUUCCCCCCGCGCCUAUGUCAAUAUUAGGAAUGGGCUAUUCCUCGAAUCAUAUUGUCCAUGGCCAACAUCGCAACAAAAUGCUGGCGGCAACUAUUGCACCCCAACGCCACGUCAUUGUAUGUGUCGCUCUACACCAUCUCAAGGCGGGGGGGAAAUCAGGAACAGAAUUAGUGGGGAAUAUUGAACGGGAUAUCAGAGUUGAUGUAGGUUCGAAAGCAAUGGUUGGACCUCCAGGCAGCUUCAAGACCUGCCAUCCUGCAACUCUUCACCUCAAACAGAGCCAGAACCCACUAUCCACUAAACUGACUGCUAUUCUCCAGUUACAUAACAUAGUAGCCAAGCACCUUUACUUUCAUGAUCCACCGGGCAUGAAUACCUCAGUGUCCCUAUUAACCCCUUCAAAGAAACAGAAACAUUUAGCAAUCAAAGACGAAUUAAUUGAGAUGCUUGAUGAAGCAAAUUGCCUUUACUUGGCGGGGAGCUUGAUGGAUUUAUUGUACGACUGGACUGAUAAAUUGGUGGCAGUCAAGAAAAGUUGUAGUCCUGUGAUCAAAAUCCCUCAACUUUGUUUUGUUCAUUCAGCACUCGCUAUUCCUCAGAAUGUACAGGACUCACAGGCAGCGGUUUACCUCCUUGAAGAAAAGAUCAAUAGAAAUUCAAUAUUGCUCUCUUCCUCUGCUUCGCUCAAUAUUGCUCUCUUCCUCUGCUUCGCUCAAUAUUGCUCUCUUCCUCUGCUUCGCUCAAUAUUGCUCUCUUCCUCUGCUUCGCUCAAUAUUGCUCUCUUCCUCUGCUUCACUCAAUACGCUCAAUUCAAGCUCAUGCGAGGCUUGGUGUUCCUGUCUGGCUGCGGUGAUAUAUUAUCUGACCCUAAAAUUAUAACUACCCUGGAUUAUGCAGGAAACUUUGGAGAAGGAAACUGGACGUCGACAUUAGACAACCUCUAUACACUAUACGAGUGUAAUACCUACUGUACAUUCUUUGGAUUGAGUCCAUUGCUGGCACCGGAGAGAUCUACCUCCCUUAAAGUAGUAGCGGCAGGCGCACAUAAUGGCUGGAACGUUGGAGAGUGGAACUCAUAG